AUGUAAUCUUUAAAUUAAUUAAUUCAAAAUCAAGAAAGAGAAAUUAACUAAGAAUAUUCUUCACAUUCACCGAUACAAUUAACUUUAAAAGAAAUAAAGUAAGUUUAUAACAGAAAGGAUGAUUUCUAUUAAGUAUUAACUUAGACUAAGCAUUUUGAUGGAUCCUGCCUUAAUGAACUGCUUUAGAUGCUGAGAAAUAAGAAAAUUACUAAUUGUUUAGAGUUCUUUAAAAAAUAAACUGAUUUGAAAUUUAUCGCUUCGAUGAUUUAAAAUGUUAGCGAAAUAGACUUUAAUAAGAAGAAUUAUUCAACUGAUAACUAUGAUUAAAUUAGGAGGGGCUUAAUAAAAUAAAUAUCUUUUGAUUAGUACAUAAUUGAAUUUUUGAAAUUUCUUGUUCGUCUGACAGCCAUUGACUAGAGAUUUGUCUAAUGUGGAUCGAAUGCAUUCAAUUUAUUAGUUGAAAUGAAAGUGGAUUUGAGAGAAGAAAACUUUGAGAAUAUAAAGAUUAGAAAUACUUCUUUGGUUGGGGGAAAUUUUGCAAGGUGCAAUUUCAAUGGAUCAGAAUUUGAUAAUGUGGAUAUAAGUGGAAUGAACUUGAAUUAAGCUUAAUUGUUCAAUUGUAAAUGGCAAAAUAUCUAAAUACAUGAGCUAAAUCAAUUAGAUGGUCAUUCAGAUUAUGUUAUGUCGGUCUGUUUCUCUCCUGAUGGCACUACAUUAGCAUCUGGUAGUAAUGAUAACUCUAUCCGUUUAUGGGAUGUUAAGACAGGAUAAUAAAAAGCCAAAUUAGAUGGUCAUUCAGAUUACGUAAGAACAAUUUGUUACUCUCCUAAUGGUACUACAUUAGCAUCUGGUAGUGCAGAUAACUCUAUCCGUUUAUGGGAUGUUAAGACAGGAUAAUAAAAAGCCAAAUUUGAUGGUCAUUCAUUAAGAGUUAAUUCAAUUUGUUACUCUCCUGAUGGUACUACAUUAGCAUCUGGUAGUGGUGAUAACUCUAUCCGUUUAUGGGAUGUUUCGACAGGAUAAUAAAAAGUCAAAUUUGAUGGUCAUUUAGGUUAAGUAAGAACAAUUUGUUACUCUCCUGAUAGUACUAUAUUAGCAUCUGGUAGUGAAGAUAACUCUAUCCGUUUAUGGGAUGUUAAGACAGGAUAAUAAAAAGCCAAAUUAGAUGGUCAUUCUAAAACAGUUUUAUCAAUUUGUUACUCACCUGAUGGUACUACAUUAGCAUCUGGUGAUGGUGAUAGCUCUAUUCGUUUAUGGGAUGUUUCGACAGGAUAAUAAAAAGCCAAAUUUGAUGGUCAUUUAGGUUCUGUAAACACAAUUUGUUACUCUUCUAAUGGUACUUCAUUAGCAUCUGGUGGUGGGUAUGAAUAUUGUAAUGGAGAUUUUUCUAUCCGUUUAUGGGAUGUUAAAACAGGAUAAUAGAAAGCCAAAUUUAAUGGUCAUUCAAGUAUAGUUAAUUCAAUUUGUUGCUCUCCUGAUGGUACUACAUUAGCAUCUGGUAGUUGGGAUAAGUCUAUUCGUUUAUGGGAUGUUAAGACAGGAUAAUAAAAAGCCAAAUUAGAUGGUCAUUCUAAAACAGUUUUAUCAAUUUGUUGCUCUCCUGAUGGUACUACAUUAGCAUCUGGUAGUGAUGAUAAAUCUAUUCGUUUAUGGUAUGUUAAGACAGGAUAAUAAAAAGCCAAAUUAGAUGGUCAUUCAGAUUAUGUAAGAACAAUUUGCUACUCUCCUGAUGGUACUACAUUAGCAUCUGGUAGUGAUGAUAAGUCUAUCCGUUUAUGGGAUGUUAAGAAAGGAUAAUAAAAAGCCAAAUUAGAUGGUCAUUCA